AUGCCAGAGAAAGCCGGCCACACCAUGGAGGAGGAAGUGGAGACCUUUGCCUUCCAGGCUGAGAUCGCCCAGCUGAUGUCCCUGAUCAUCAACACCUUCUACUCCAACAAAGAGAUCUUCCUUAGGGAGCUCAUCUCCAACUCCUCAGAUGUGAGUAGAUUAAUCAUAACACUGAAUUAUAAUAAUAAUUAGCAGACGCUCUUAUCCAGAGCGACUUACAGGAGCAAUUAGGGUUAAGUGCCUUGCUUAAGGGCACGUCGACAGAUUUUUCACCUAGUCGGCUUGGGGAUUAGAACCAGCGACAUUUCGGUUACUGGCACAACGCUCUUAACCACUAAGCUACCUGCCGCCCAAUUGUCCCAUGUAACAUUUUACCUUAGUAACCAACCACUCAUACACUGCACUCUGAGCCAAUAUAAGUUAUAGCUCAGAGUUAGCCUGCUAACCACCUUGAUAAAUUAGCUCAAGCUAUCAACCAUGAGACUUCCUUUGACCGUUGUGACCUAUUUUUUUCAUGUUCUGACAGGCUUUGGACAAGAUCAGAUACGAGAGCUUGACAGACCCCUCCAAAUUGGAUUCCUGCAAGGACCUGAAGAUCGAGGUCACCCCUGACCUGCGCACUCGCACCCUGACCCUGGUUGACACCGGCAUCGGCAUGACCAAGGCCGACCUGAUCAACAACCUGGGAACCAUCGCCAAGUCUGGCACCAAGGCCUUCAUGGAGGCCCUGCAGGCUGGAGCAGACAUCUCCAUGAUCGGGCAGUUCGGUGUGGGUUUCUACUCAGCCUACCUGGUGGCUGAGAGAGUGACUGUCAUCACCAAGCACAACGAUGAUGAGCAGUACAUCUGGGAGUCUGCAGCUGGUGGCUCCUUCACUGUCAAAGUUGACACUGGUAAGCCUUUUCAACAGUAUUGAUUAAUAUGCUACUACAAACACUUUUCUCCAAUACAACACUAUAAACUCUCUUCCUGCAUAAGUUGAAUCUGCUGUACAACAAUGUCAUUCUAAAGGUAGUAAGCCUAGAUCCAAUGUGUGAGUCUGAUUUGUCUGAUCUGAAGGUGAGUCCAUUGGCCGUGGCACCAAAGUGAUCCUGCACAUGAAGGAGGACCAGUUUGAAUACUGUGAGGAGAAGCGCGUCAAGGAGGUCGUGAAGAAGCACUCCCAGUUCAUUGGCUACCCCAUCACACUCUAUGUAAGUUCUAAUAGAGCUCUAUAUUUCAUUGGUUGUAACAAUGUAGCAAAAAUAAUGGGGAGAUUAACUGAAAUAUACUGUAUAAACUAGGAAAGUAACCUGUCGAUAACAGUGGACCCAAACAUUGCUCCCCAUAGAGGGCAAAUCCUAAAACGUUUUAAUAACAUGAACAUUUUUAUCAAGGUGGAGAAGUCUAGAGAGAAGGAGGUGGACCUUGAGGAGGGAGAAAAGGACGAGGAGGUUGAUAAAGACGCUGCAGCUGAGGACAAAGACAAGCCCAAGAUUGAGGACGUUGGCUCUGAUGAGGACGAGGACACCAAGGACAGCAAGAACAAGAGGAAGAAGAAGGUCAAGGAGAAGUACAUUGACGCCGAGGAGCUGAACAAGACCAAGCCUAUCUGGACCCGUAACCCUGAUGACAUCACCAAUGAGGAGUACGGCGAGUUCUACAAGAGUCUGACCAACGACUGGGAGGACCACCUGGCUAUCAAGGUGAGUCUAUGAUGGCAACCCGAAAACUCAAAACUUAUGGGUUUAUCUUGAUCCAACCUAUGAAUUAAUAUAUUAUUAUGACUGUAUGAGUCAACGUUUAUCUCUUUAUUCCCACAGCACUUCUCAGUAGAGGGACAGCUGGAGUUCCGCGCUCUGCUCUUUGUGCCCAGGAGGGCUUCCUUCGACCUCUUUGAGAACAAGAAGAAGAAGAACAACAUCAAGCUGUAUGUGCGCAGGGUCUUCAUCAUGGACAACUGUGACGAGCUGAUGCCAGAGUAUCUCAGUGAGUACUGUUCCUUGAACCUUUCAUGGAUACCUCCUGAGCACCUCACUCAACCAGGACUUUAAGUAAAGCUGUAAGUAAGAUGUCUGACCAAUUGUCUCUGUCUUUCUCUUCAGACUUCAUCAAGGGUGUGGUGGACUCUGAGGAUCUCCCCCUGAACAUCUCCAGAGAGAUGCUGCAGCAGAGCAAAAUCCUCAAGGUGAUCCGCAAGAACUUGGUCAAGAAGUGUAUAGAGCUUUUCAUCGAGCUCUCAGAGGACAAGGACAAUUACAAGAAGUUCUACGAGCAGUUCUCUAAGAACAUCAAGGUAAGGUCUUCCUCCCUUUGAAAUGGCUUUUCCAUGUUUCCGCAGAUCUUCUCCCAGAACUUCUCCUUCUCUUUUUGAGGGACCUUUAGCUUUAACAUCUUCCAUCUGUGUGUGCCCUUUAGCUGGGAAUCCAUGAGGACUCUCAGAACCGCAAGAAAUUGUCAGACAUGCUGCGCUACUACACCUCUAACUCCGGUGACGAAAUGGUCUCCCUGAAGGACUACGUUUCCCGCAUGAAGGACACCCAGAAACACAUCUACUACAUUACUGGUGAGCUACCCUCCAUUGAAAACUUGAGAAAGAAACAGGGCAAUCUAACUGUUAAUAACUGUGUAUCCUAUUCUAGGUGAGACCAAGGAACAGGUCGCCAACUCUUCCUUUGUGGAGCGCCUCCGCAAGGCCGGCCUGGAAGUGAUCUACAUGAUUGAGCCGAUUGAUGAGUACUGUGUCCAGCAGCUGAAGGAGUACGAUGGCAAGAACCUGGUCUCCGUGACCAAGGAGGGUCUGGAGCUGCCUGAGGAUGAGGAUGAGAAGAAGAAACAGGAAGAGCUGAAUUCUAAAUUUGAGAACCUCUGCAAGAUCAUGAAGGACAUCCUGGACAAGAAAAUUGAGAAGGUACCAGCACAAUUUACCUGAACCUAAUCCCUCUGCAAUGGUCUUCACCUUUUAAUAUCAGACCACUUACAACAACCAUCACUAUGACUACUAAUAAUCUGUUGACAGGUUUCAGUGUCCAACCGCCUGGUCUCCUCCCCCUGCUGCAUCGUGACAAGCACCUACGGCUGGACAGCCAACAUGGAGAGGAUCAUGAAAUCUCAAGCUCUCAGAGACAACUCCACCAUGGGCUACAUGACAGCCAAGAAGCACCUGGAGAUCAACCCAACCCACCCUAUUGUCGAGACUCUGAGAGAGAAAGCUGAGGCAGACAAGAACGACAAAGCCGUGAAGGACCUGGUCAUCUUGCUGUUCGAGACUGCUCUGAUGUCUUCUGGCUUCACACUGGAUGACCCUCAGACCCACGCAAACCGCAUCUACAGGAUGAUCAAGCUUGGCCUGGGUGAGUUGAUCAAGCUUAUUCGCCCUCAACAUUUGUCUUGGUUGAUGGGCUUCAAAGGCUCCUCCUAGAGCAAUAUACAGACAGGGCUGCAAACACCAAGUAACUGACAGAAAUAUCAUGGUAGUACAAUGGUAAGGAAUAUGGCUUUUGCUUUUCCCACACUUUGGCUGUCUGAAUAGCAGUUUGUACACCAAUUGAAGAUGGUUUUAUAAUGUGGGCUAUUUCUUCUCAUCUAUAGGCAUCGAUGAUGAUGACUCAGCAGUGGAGGACAUCCUCCAGCCCAGUGAGGAUGACAUGCCUGUCCUGGAGGGAGAUGAUGACACCUCUAGAAUGGAGGAAGUUGACUAAAAAUAUUACAGAAGUACAUCAUUUUUUCCCCUUUUAACUCAUUAUUUUGUAAGUAAUUGUUGUUGCUGUCCCAAAUAGACUUUCCCAUUUACAUUUUCCAUGACUGUCGAGCUGUGAGGAAAGUAUUGCAUUUAAUUCAUCAUUAUUAAUCAAUACCAUAAUCAUAUAGUAUAUUGGCUGCUUUCAACCCUAUUCAACUGUACUUUAAUAAUAGGCUAUUUAAUAUCAAGUCAACAGGGAUUUGACUUGUGUCUUUUUGUAACUGUGAGCUAUUUUCUAUGAAAAACAACAAGAUUUAUAAUAAAGAUGUAUUUAGAAACAUACCUUACAUUUUCUCUUUCUGAUUGAUGAUUCCUCUUUAUCAAAUAGUCUGGAUUAUUGUGAUGUCAGGCAUGUUUAUAAUUUACACAAUUUAAUAUCUCAGAGAUGGAUGAAUACUGAACUAUUUAUUUUGCAUCUUCAUUCAUACUUUUGCAAUCACCUUACCCUCUCCUAAGUGCUCCCUGUAACGACAGUAUUUCAGAUCUUUCUAGACCUUAGGUAAAAGUUUCGUUUCCUUGUGAAUUCUUGUGAGUCAUCAUGAUGAUGAAUAUGCCAUGUUAAGUACCAAUGAUUUAUAUUGGUAUGUACUGUACCAAUGACAGUUUGCAUAUAUGAAGGAAUUAACCCACUUGAUAUCGCCACGCCCAUAAACCCGCCUUCACAAGAGUUGAACGCAAGAGGGACGUGAAUAGAGAUCUAGCGUUUGAUUGACAUUCCAUCGCUCCUCUCAGUGCACACACUUAUCCUACACACAGUAGAAGCACAGUUUAGGAAGAGUCCAGACGGUUCUAGAAGCAGAGGAUUUCUCGAAGACUCAGCUGGUAUAAAACCUUGCCAGUUGUCCUCCUCUCCACAGUCCACAUCUCUGCUGUUAGCUGGCUAGGUUGUGUUUGGUCGGGGACCAACUUCUGAAGAAGAGUAAAGGGACAUUUCCAUCCACAGUAAGGUAAGACAGGAUUGAAGAUUUAUAUUCCAACACUAAGAUGAGUGUCACUCUUCAAUUCAUACAGUCAGUGGUAGUCCAGUCUAACAAAAUAUAUUGAAACAAUUUUAUCAUUCUUUACCAUCAGAAUAAUCCACCCAAAACAUUAUUUUGUUGCAAUGAAUUCCAUUGUACUUUUCCUAAUUUCCUUACGUUAUUUCAGCAUAGGCUAUCAUCCAUACGUUCAUAUUCAUUCUAUUAUGAAGCUGACCUAUAAAACCUGCAAUAUAUCCCAAUUUGGGUCUUGGCUGUCUGUCUGCCACACUUUGAUAAUCCUUUUCCGAAGAGGAUUUUCAUUCACAUUACUUCACGGUCGACACGACAACUAUUCAUCACAAUUUGCUAAUAUUUCUUCAAAAAGGAAAUUGAUAAAUAUUCACAUGAAACUCGUUAUGGUACACAUUGGCGAGGAGGAGAUUGCGAUAUGAUAGAAACGGAUUAUGCGCUGGUAGGUUCUAGAAUCAUGUUAUUUACCGCGCGAACCGGCAGGUGGAGUAUGUUUGUCCGCUGCACUUCAAGCCACGUGCUUUCGGUCAGGUUACACUGAGAUUUGACGAAUGAAUGAAUAAAAACCAAUUAAAUAUAUCCAUCCCUCUAAAAACUAUUAGUAUUAGCGCAUCGCAUCAUCAUUAUGUCUGGUAGUUACAUAGCCAACCAGCAAUGUGGAAUGUAGAAUAUUCGACUCUAUUUUAUUCUAUUAUUGUACGCCUGUUCAGAGUAGAAAAUGAUCCAUUGAUGGUGUGCCUAUCAAUGUCCUUACAAGGAAUUUAUUUCAGUUUAUUUUGUUGAAUACUUUGCACUAUGAAAUAACGAUCUAAAAUAUAAAAGUAAAAAUGUACUUACUACAUUUGAGGAAAAUAUUUGGAAAAGUGUACAUACUUAUUUUUUAGGGGGUGGGUGGGGGGGGGAUUAUAUUUAUGACUGUGAUAUGUGGUAGUCUCACCUAGCUAUCUUUAGAUCAAUGCACUAACCCUAAAUCACUCUGGAUAAGAGCGUCUGCUAAAUGACUAAAACGUACAUGUAAAAAUAAAAGCAGUAAGCUCACCACGUGGCAAGGACCUGUGGCUUCUCACUUGGUGGAUUACAGUAAUGAAGUCAAUGCAGCAGUGAGGAACAGAGAGGACAGUCUGUUAAACACCAUCUGUCUGUUUUAGCGAUAAAUCCCUCACAGGAACUCAAUGAGGUGCAAGAGCUAGUGAGCCUACAUGAAAUGCCCAGUGCAGUCAAAAACAUGAUUUCCUGUGUUUUAUAUACACUAUCAGUCAAAAGUUUGGACACACCUACUCAUUCAAGGGGUUUUCUUUAUUUGUACUAUUUUAUACAUUGUAGAAUAAUAAUGAAGACAUCAAAACUAUGAAAUAACACAUAUGGAAUCAUGUAGUAACCAAAAGUGUUAAACAAAUCAAAAUAUAUAAGAAGAGACCUGCUUGGGCCAAGAAACAUGAGCAAUGGACAUUAGACCGGUGGAAACGUGGCCUUUGGUCUGGAGUCCAAAUUGGAGAUUUUUGGUUCCAACCGGCGUGUCUUUGUGAGACGUGGUGUGGGUGAACGGAUGAUCUCCGCUUGUGUAGUUCCCAUCGUAAAGCAUGGAGGAGGUGGUGUUAUGGUGUGGGGGUGUUUUGCUGGUGACACUGACUGUGAUUUAUUUAGAAUUCAAGGCACGCUUAACCAGAGUGGCUACCACAGCAUUCUGCAGCGAUACGCCAUCCCAUCUGGUUUGGGCAUUUUUUUUUCAACAGGACAAUGACCCAACACACCUUCAGGCUGUGUAAGGGCUAUUUUACGAGAGUGAAAUAGCCCUUACAACGAGAGUGAUGGAGUGCUGCAUUAGAUGACCUGGCCUCCACAAUCCCCCGACCUCAACCCAAUUGAGAUGGUUUGGGAAUAAUAUUGUGACAUUUUGAAAAUUAUGAUAAUUCCCUUUGAGUGCAAGAGCGGUUUGAAAAGACUGCCUACCUGGUGACUUCACCAGGUGGUAAAUUAGUUAAAGUUGCAAUAUGUAACUUUUUGGGUGACCUGACCAAAUUCACAUAAAAAUGUGAGUUAUAGAUCUGCGUUCUCAUUGAAGGCAAGUCUAAGAAGCGGUAGAUCUGUUCUAUGUGCGCUAUUUUUAUGCUUCCCGUUCUUAAGUUUCGUUUUUGCGUCUUACUUUCGUUUUUGUACACCAGCUUCAAACAGCAGAAAAUUGUUAUAGAAUAAAUAUUUCACCGCGGCUUAGCUUGUACAAUGAUUCUCUACACUAUACUUGUUUGUUUUGUCACAUAAACUGAAAUGAGGCAAAAUAUUAAUAUUUUUGCAACCGGAAAUGCCGGAGUGAUUUCUACAUAGUACACCUUUAAUAGGCCAAUAAGAAAGAUACUUCCAAACCUCUCUGCCAAUAACAUUUUUACAUUUUAGUCAUUUAGCAGACGCAAUAAUGGCUAGUUUUCAGUUUUCCACUCAGACCACUCCCAGACAGUCCUAGCAAAAUGGCUCCUUGCUAAGAAGCUAUUUUUUUGUUGCUUUUUGACCAUUUUAAUUGAAAACAAUCACGGUAAGGUACUUCAUUGUUACCCAGAAAUUAUUAGAUUUUGAGAUAAAAACAGCUGCAUUGGACAUUUGACCUUUAAGUCUGAAACUCACCGCCCAAAUGUCAGUUCCAGCAUUGUCUUAUGGUUUUGAGAAAACAAGUAUUGUGACAUCCCUACUAGCCACUGACUGCCGCUGACCUGAUGGAGCCGUCUGGACUGUCAUGACCAUUCUGUGACUAAAAUACUGAUACACAGUGGUUCAUUUGGGGAUGGAGUUGAAAAAUGUUUUUGAUGGUGAUGUCAGAUUGCACAACUUCGGCUGUUUUGCAUUGUCUCCUUCUCAGUGUGUGUGUGUGUUGUCUCCACAGAUGCCGGAAGCCCAUGACGCUCCGAUGGAGGAGGAGGCAGAGACCUUUGCCUUCCAGGCUGAGAUCGCCCAGCUGAUGUCGCUCAUCAUCAACACAUUCUACUCCAACAAAGAGAUCUUCCUUAGGGAGCUCAUCUCCAACUCCUCAGAUGUGAGUACUUCAGACACCACAGGCACUUAGACUACUUGGUAGUAUUAUUUGAUGAUUCAUAAAAUACACACAGGCAUUUUACUUCAAUUCCUUGUUUAUUGCACCACUAUUAAUAUUUUAUUACAUAUCUAUAGAUUGUUUUGAUUUAUUCAUAUUUUAUUACAUUACACACAAUGAAAUAUUGACGUAGCCUGCAGGAUACAUUUACAUUUAAUUAAGAGUUUUGUUAAUCUCAUGCUGAGGCCAGUGUGAAGUCAAAAGUCAGAUUUAUUUAGACCUAUUUAUUUACAAUCAACUACUAGGCUCUGGACAAAAUCCGCUAUGAGAGCCUGACAGACCCGACCAAGAUGGACUCUGGCAAGGACCUGAAGAUCGAGGUCAUUCCCAACAAGGAGGAGCGCACCCUGACCCUGGUUGACACCGGCAUCGGCAUGACCAAGGCCGACCUGAUCAACAACCUGGGAACCAUCGCCAAGUCUGGCACCAAGGCCUUCAUGGAGGCCCUGCAGGCUGGAGCAGACAUCUCCAUGAUCGGGCAGUUCGGUGUGGGUUUCUACUCAGCCUACCUGGUGGCUGAGAGAGUGACUGUCAUCACCAAGCACAACGAUGAUGAGCAGUACAUCUGGGAAUCCUCCGCUGGCGGAUCCUUCACCGUCAAAGUCGAUACGUCAGGUAAAGACAGAUUAUAGUUUUACACUGAACUGAACCACUUAACUGUAUGUUAUGAUAUGAAUCGGUGUGAACUGAAAAUAUUUGUAGGCCUACCGUUACAAUAUAUGAUGUAGGCCUACAGUUAUAGACUGUUUUCCUUGUAUGUUCUGUUCUAAAUGCUGACUUGACUCCCAUGUCUCUCUCUUAAAGCUGAGUCUAUUGGUCGUGGCACCAAGGUGAUUCUUUACAUGAAGGAUGACCAGACAGAAUAUUGUGAGGAAAAACGGGUCAAAGAAAUCGUGAAGAAGCACUCCCAGUUCAUCGGAUACCCCAUCACACUCUUUGUAAGAACUAGUAGGCGUGAGUGGAUGAAAUUAUGUAACCAGUGUGAAAUCAACCCCUAGAUAUAGUGGAAACUCCACUGAGUGAUUACUAAGUUGUUGAAGUACAUCUCAAGGAUCCUUUCAGAUUUGCAUAAAAGAGGUGUCAAGGGAGGGGGUAGGAGGACAUUUCAGAUUGGACAAGUAAAUGACUGGACGAUAAAUUGAUGCUGAUAUCUUGACCCUUUUUCACUUUUUGCAUUUUUAUAUUGAAUGUAAAACAGGCACAGUGAAUGAAAUAUUUUUGCCAACUGUAACUUACUGUACAUCAACUCUAUGAAUGUGUCCCCUAACAUUCCCAUGAUCCUCUCUGAUCAGGUGGAGAAGGAGCGCGACAAGGAAGUGAGCGACGAUGAGGAGGAGGGGGAGAAGGAGAAGAAGGAUGGUGAAGAAGGAGAGGAGGACAAACCCGAUAUCGAGGACAUAGGCUCGGAUGAGGAGGAUCACCAUGACCAUGAUCAUGGCCUCGACGGCGCAUGUGGGGACAAGAAGAAGAAGAAGAAGAAGAUCAAGGAGAAGUACAUUGACCAGGAGGAGCUGAACAAGACCAAGCCCCUUUGGACCCGUAACCCUGAUGACAUCACCAACGAGGAGUACGGAGAGUUCUACAAGAGCCUGACCAAUGACUGGGAGGAACACCUGGCUGUCAAGGUGAGGAUAUUCUAUUUAUAUUGGCCAACAGAAUACGUUUCCACACUGUUUAUUUACAACGUUUCACUCUGAUUUGUAAAGUCACAGGUAGUACCAGUAUUGGUCAGUUAAUAAUGCUUCAGCUAAUUUCAUAAUGACAAAUACAGUAUACAUGUACACUACCGGUCAAAAGUUUUAGAACACCUACUCAUUCAAGGGUUUUUCUUUAUUUAUAUUUUAUAUUUGAGAUUCUUCAAAUAGCCACCCUUUGCCUUGAUGACAGCUUUGCACACACUUGGAAUUCUCUCAACCGGCUUUAUGAGGUGGUCGCCUGGAAUGCAUUUCAAUUAACAGGUGUGCCUUCUUAAAAGUUAAAUUGUGGAAUUUCUUUCCUUAAUGCGUUUGAGCCAAUCAGUUGUAUUGUGACAAGGUAGGGGGGGGUAUACAGAAGAUAGCCCUAUUUGGUAAAAGACCAAGUAAAUAUUAUGGCAAGAACAGCUCAAAUAAGCAAAGAGAAACGACAUGUGAUGAGGUGUGAAUGACGGAGUCAGGCGCAGGAGGUAAAACACAGAAGUCAAGAGUUUAUUCAGUGUACAAUAAUGUAGCGCAUAUAGCGACAGAACCAAACUAGCACAAGGGGAAAUCAACCUUGGCUGCAUACAAGUAAAGAGUAGCUCAACCCAGCUACUCACUCUCACAACCACCCAGCUCUUGAACUCCUUCAAGACUGUUGGAAAAGCAUUCCAGGUGAAGCUGGUUGAGAGAAUGUCAAGAGUGUGUGAAGCUGUCAUCAGAAGAAUCUCAAAUAUAAAAUAUAUUUUUAUUUGUUUAACACUUUUUUGGUUACUACAUGAUUCCAUAUGUGGUAUUUCAUAGUUUUGAUGUCUUCACUAUUAUUCUACAAGGUAGAUAAUAGUAAAAAUAAAGAGAAACCCUUGAAUGACUAGGUGUUCUGAAACUUUUGACCGGUAGUGUACAUGAAGGUUUUUGAAUUCAGUUGUUGACCUUCUGUUUGUUUUCUUCCACAGCACUUCUCAGUGGAGGGCCAGCUGGAGUUCCGUGCCCUGCUCUUUGUGCCUCGCCGCGCACCCUUUGACCUCUUUGAGAACAAGAAGAAGAAGAACAACAUCAAGCUGUACGUCAGGAGGGUCUUCAUCAUGGACAACUGUGACGAUCUCAUCCCUGAGUACCUCAGUAAGUCAGACAGAACUGAAGUAGAUGCUCACAUACAGUAGGUUUGGGAAUGAUUAACACAGCUAUAAUCUCAUCUGACCAAUAUUGUCUCUGUCGUUCUCUCCAGACUUCAUCAAGGGUGUGGUGGACUCUGAGGAUCUCCCCCUGAACAUCUCCAGAGAGAUGCUGCAGCAGAGCAAGAUCCUCAAGGUGAUCCGCAAGAACCUGGUCAAGAAGUGUAUAGAGCUUUUCACAGAGCUCUCAGAGGACAGAGAAAACUACAAGAAGUACUACGAGCAGUUCUCCAAGAACAUCAAGGUCAGUUUCAUACUAAUGUGACACUGUAAACAUAGUAAUAAUGGAUUGUAUUAUUUAUACAGAGCUUCUCACUAGUUCUCUGACAAUUGAUGUGUAACAGCAGCACCCACCACAUGGGUGAUGCACGGCAACCAUUUUGUGCCAGCAUGUUCACCACACAUCAGCUAUCAUUAUUAUGUACAUUACCUUCAAGGUCAGCCUGAACUGAACCUAGGUUGCGACAGUCGCCUUGUAUUUAGUGGUAUAAUAGGAUGUGGAAGACAAUCUAGGUGGACACUUGUCAUAUCACCACCUGUUCUUUGAAGAAUCCUUGGGGAACAUUCUGAAAGGUGUAGCUAUAGAAUGUUCCACUAACCUUUAACUGGCUGCCACCUGUCUGAUCCCCUCGCCAUCUUGUCUCCUCUAAACCUGAUAUAAGCUGCUUAGGGCUCCUUACCGCCACCUUCUGUCUUGCUGGAGUGGGUUUUUAUGACUAGGGUCAGGCUCUAUGGCAUAUUGUUACAGUUAUUGCAUAAAUCUUAAGGUAAGCCUUGGAUUACAUGUUAAAACAAUCUUCAGGGGGCACAUCUUUCUCAUGUCCUCUGAAAUUAUGUGAAAUCUGGCUCUAAUCUUAAAGGGGACGUUUACCCCCCAUUUUUACAUAGUUAGACAAGCUUACUGACACAAGGCAGCAUACAAGCCCCUUCUUGAUAUCAUAUUUGUCAGAACUUUGGGUUACUUCCUGGAAAAUGUAAAAGUCUCGUAACGCAUCAAGAUACUUUCUGGGCAAAUUGUUAUUUAACUGAUCUCUCCUGUGUUUUCUUUCCCAGCUGGGUAUCCAUGAGGACUCUCAGAACCGUAAGAGGCUCUCAGACAUGCUACGCUACUACACCUCAGCCUCAGGGGACGAAAUGGUCUCCCUGAAGGACUAUGUCACACGCAUGAAGGACACCCAGAAACACAUCUACUACAUCACUGGUGAGGAAACGCACUCCUCUCUGUACAGCCCAGUUCAUAGGUUGUCAGAUUGUAAGAACCUGUUUGCUCAAGUUGCUUUACCUACUGCAUGUUUCAGGCGAGACCAAAGACCAGGUGGCCAACUCGGCGUUCGUGGAGCGCCUUCGCAAGGCCGGCCUGGAGGUGAUCUACAUGAUUGAGCCCAUUGAUGAGUACUGUGUCCAGCAGCUGAAGGAGUACGAUGGCAAGAACCUGGUCUCUGUGACCAAGGAGGGUCUGGAGCUGCCUGAGGAUGAGGACAUGAAGAAGAGACAGGAAGAGCAGAAGUCUCAGUUUGAGAACCUCUGCAAGAUCAUGAAAGACAUCCUGGAGAAGAAAGUUGAGAAGGUGAGAUAACGCUUACAGAUAUCAUGUUGCUGAAGCGGUCUGUUAUUUUAAGGCAAAUGUCGGGAGGCCUCACGUUACCUCAAAAAAUGCCACCAAUAAACGCCACUGUAUUUACAGGCUCACUGACAGUACAACGAUUGCCUGAUUCAAUGCUGUUCUGAUCAUCUCCCUAAUAACCAACCUCUCCUAUCUCCCCCCCCCCCCCCCUUUAGGUGACAGUGUCCAACCGCCUGGUCUCCUCCCCCUGCUGCAUCGUGACCAGCACCUACGGCUGGACAGCCAACAUGGAGAGGAUCAUGAAGGCCCAAGCCCUGAGGGACAACUCUACCAUGGGCUACAUGGCUGCCAAGAAGCACCUGGAGAUCAACCCAGACCACCCCAUCGUGGAGACCCUGAGGCAGAAGGCAGAGGCUGAUAAGAAUGAUAAGUCUGUGAAGGACCUGGUCAUUCUGCUGUUUCGAGACUGCUCUGCUGUCCUCUGGGUUCACCUUGGAUGACCCUCAGACACACUCCAACCGCAUCUACCGGAUGAUCAAGCUAGGCCUGGGUGAGUUGGUUUGCUCAAACAAGGACGAUGUUUGCGAUCAAUGGUAGCCCCUUUGCCUGUAGUCCUUUUGUGUUUGCUGAUCGGAAGGACCCAUGUUUGUGUAAUCAAUGAGGUCAUAAUGGCUCCAGCUAGCCCUCCAGUAUACUUUACUCAACAUUAAGUGGCCUAGAUAUGAGAGAGAACCUUGUUAAAGCUUCAGUAACUGACCGUGACCCAUUCCUCCCUCCCUUCCCCUGUACAGGUAUUGACGAGGAUGAGCUGACCCCUGAGGAGCCAACCUCAGCCCCCAUCGAGGACAUGCCUCCACUGGAGGGAGACGAGGACACAUCCAGGAUGGAGGAGGUCGACUAG